AUGUCUGCUCCCGUUGGCGCCGUUCCUUCUAGCUGCUGCAAGCGUGACGGCUCCAGCUGCGUCUGCGCCAAGGAGGCUACCUGCUCGUGUGGCAAGCAAAAGGCACUUCACUGCACCUGCGAGAAGGCGUCGACGGAGAACAAGGUCGCUGGUGCUACCUGCUCCUGCGGCCAACGUGCUGCUGGCGCUUGCACCUGCAACCGCGCGUCGGAGGAGAACACAGUCUCGGGCGACAAGUGCGCCUGCGGCAAGAGAUCGAGCACCUCCUGCACCUGCGCCGGUGCCGAGCUCGGCCAGUCGGAGCUGGAGACCGACUUUACUACCAAGAAAUGA